AUGCAUAAUCCUAUCUUUACAGAAGCUAGAACUAAAGAAAGAUAUGCUUUCAGCGAAAGACAAAGAUUCGAUGGAUGGUACAACAAUUUAGCCCACCCAGACUGGGGGUCAAUAGAGAGUCAACUUGUCCGCAAAACGCCGCCUUCUUACUCUGACGGAGUGUAUAUGAUAGCCGGCAGAGAUAGACCUAGUCCUCGAGCGGUCAGCCAGUCGGUGUUCAAGGGUGAUGAUGGUAUUCCAUCUGAGCGCAAUCUAACAGCUUUGUUUUCUUUUUUCGGUCAAGUCGUCUCUUCGGAAAUUUUGAUGGCUGGUGAACCAGGUUGUCCGAUCGAGUUUCACAAGAUUAAGAUCGAUAAGUGUGACGACAUGUACGACAAGGAAUGUCAAGGAGGAAGAUAUAUGCCUUUCCAUCGGGCUCUUUACGACUCCAAGACCGGCCAAUCACCGAAUAGCCCAAGAGAACAGAUUAAUUUGGUGACAAGCUGGAUUGAUGGUAGUUUUGUGUACAGCACCAGUGAAGCUUGGGUCAAUUCCAUGAGAUCCUUCAAAAAUGGAACGUUUCGUCGAAACAAAGACAACAAUUAUCCACCUAAAAACAUCGAGAGGGCACCAUUAAUGAAUUCCCCGCCAGCUAAGUACUUGGGAAUGCUGAGCCCGGAAAGAAUGUUUCUUGUUGGGGAUCCUAGAAGUAAUCAGAACCCAGCUCUCUUAGCGUUUGGAAUCCUCUUUUUUCGAUGGCACAAUGUCCUGGCUUCUAGAGUUCAUAAGGAACACCCAGACUGGUCAGAUGAAGAGAUUUUCCACAGAGCCAGACAAUGGGUAAUUGCCAGUAUGCAAAAUGUCAUUAUGUACGAGUUCUUGCCAGCCUUGAUAGGAGAAGAAGUGACGGAGUAUACAGGUGACAAUCGUUGGGACGGUCAGUGUAGUUUCAAGAAGACACAAAAUGGUUAUCCUGCGUUACGACUUUGUUCCAGUUGGUGGGAGUCUGACGUUAUUCUACCAGAGUCUGGAGUGGAAGAGAUAUUCAUGGGCUUGGCUUCUCAAAUCGGAGAAAAAGAGGACAUUAUUCUAUGUUCCGACGUCAGAGACAAAUUGUUUGGACCCGUUGACUUCAGCCGUCGUGACCUAGGAUCCUUGAAUAUUAUGAGAGGUCGAGAUAAUGGAUUACCCGACUACAAUACUGUACGCAAGUGUUACCAACUCCCGGGGGUUUCCAUGUGGUCCGAAAUCAAUCCUAGUCUCUUCAAGGAACGACCUGACCUGUUUAAAAAGAUAGAAGAACUGUAUGGCGAUAUCGACAACAUCGAUUUGUUUGUAGGUGGAAUGUUGGAGACAAAAGAAGGAAAACCUGGACCACUGUUCAAAAAGAUUAUCAAGCAAGAAUUUGAAAAAAUUCGUGAUGCAGAUCGAUUCUGGUUCGAAAACAAUAGAAACGGAAUAUUUACACCGGAUGAAAUCCAGAAAAUUCAAGGAAUCCGGCUUUAUGAUAUUCUGGUCAACGCUACAAAUAUUCAGCCUGGUCAAGUUCAAGAAGACGUGUUUAAGUGGAAACAAGGCGACCCUUGUCAGCAGCCAAUUCAAUUAAAUAGUUCUUUCUUGGAACCUUGCAUCAUCUUGGAUGGUUACGACUAUUUCCAUGGCAACGAAGUUGCUUACAUUUAUUCGUGUCUUACGCUUGCAUUUAUACCAAUUAUUUGUGCUGGUAUCGGUUACGGCGUUAUUAAACUUCAGAACCGAAAGAGAAGGAAAAUAAAAACCAUGAAUGACGAUACCACGAACAAAAACUUCGAGAAACUACACGUAAAAGAAUGGUUACAUCAAAAUCAUAAACGAUUGGUGAAAGUCAAGAUUGGACCCGAUGAAGCCGUUUACACAAUCAACCGGAAGGGAGAGGUAAUGCGAAAACUGGAGUUUAAAAACGUUAGUUCUUUGGUCGUGGAAAUUACCCAGGAAACUCACAAGAAACCAAUGAUUCUCAUUCGAUCUCCACGCGAUCAUGAUUUGGUGUUGCAGUUUGACAACGAACAGUUAAGGAAAAAGUUCGUGGGGAAAUUAGAAUCUUUUAUGCAAAAUCACAAGAAGACUUUGGAGACAGUCUUCACAUACAGAGAUACGAUGUUAACCAAUGCCGAAACCAAAGAGAAACGACAGAAACGUCUGGAACGUUUCUUUAGAGAAGCAUACGCUUUGACGUUUGGCAUGAAGCCCGGUGAGAAAAGGAAGCUAGAGGAGUCCAGCAGCGAUGUUAUCAUGGUUAUGCGGACGUCACUUUCGAAGAAAGAGUUUGCAGAAGCUCUUGGAAUGAAACCAGACACAUUGUUUGUUAAACAGAUGUUUAACUGUGUGGACAAGGAUAAAGAUGGAAGGAUCAGUUUUCAAGAGUUUCUGGAUACUGUUGUUUUAUUCUCCAGAGGUAGAACUGAAGACAAACUACGAAUAAUCUUUGACAUGUGUGACAAUGACGGGAAUGGAGUCAUCGAUAAGCGCGAGCUAAUGAAGAUGCUUCGUUCCCUUGUGGACAUUGCUAAGACCAAUUCCUUAACUGAAAACCAGGUUAUGGACCUCAUUACUGGGAUGUUCGCAUCCGCUGGCUUGGAAAACAAGGAGGAACUUACGUACGACGACUUCAAGGUCAUGAUGAAAGAAUAUAAAGGAGAUUUUAUAGCCAUUGGUUUAGACUGCAAAGGAGCCAAGCAAAACUUUUUGGACACAUCAACCAACGUUGCAAGAAUGACCAGUUUCCAAAUCAACCAACCACACGAAGAGUCCCCAAGUUGGUUGCAGCAGAAGUGGAACAAUCUGGUUACAAUUUUGGAAGAAUAUCGACAGCACAUUUUUUAUUUAUUUAUAUUUGGAGUUAUUAACAUCGUUUUGUUCGUCGAAAGAUUUAUAUAUUACACGUACAUGGCUGAACAUAUGGAUUUACGUCACGUGAUGGGGCUUGGCAUCGCCUUUACCCGUGGGGCGGCAGCAUCCUUGUCUUUCUCUUACUCCUUGUUGCUACUGACCAUGUCCAGGAACCUGCUGACCAAAUUGCGAGAGCUGCCCAUCCACCAAUACAUCCCCCUUGACUCCCAUGUCCAGUUUCACAAGAUUGUCGCUUUGACCGCCUUCUUCUUCACAAUGAUCCACUCUAUCGGCCACUUAAUUAACUUCUACCACGUGUCAACACAACCUAUAGAACAUCUUCAUUGUUUAUCAAAGGAAGUCCAUUUCAAUUCCGACUUCAGACCUACCAUAACUUACUGGCUUUUUCAAACAAUAACAGGCAUUACAGGUAUCCUACUAUUUGCCAUAAUUUGUAUCAUCUUUAUCUUCGCCCAUCCGCUCAUCAGACAAAAGGCUUACAAGUAUUUCUGGUGCACGCACACAUUAUAUAUUCUCGUGUAUAUCCUGUGUGUUAUGCACGGACUGGCCAAGCUAACAGGGGCACCUCGGUUUUGGUAUUUUUUCAUUGUUCCGGCAAUAAUAUUUGUACUGGACAAAGUUAUCAGUUUGCAGACGAAGUUCAUGGAACUGGAUAUUUUAGAAACUGAACUGCUGCCAUCCGAUGUUACUAAGGUCAAGUUUUCCAGACCACCAAAUUUCAAGUAUCUGUCAGGUCAGUGGGUUAGAUUAACAUGUACAGGAUUUCGACCAAUGGAAUAUCACUCUUUGACACUGACGUCAGCACCGCACGAGAACUACUUAUCAGUGCACGUGAAAGCACAAGGCCCGUGGACAUGGAAACUGAGGAAUUUUUUUGAUCCGAGUAACAUUAGGGAUGAAGAGCUGCCAAAGAUUCGCUUAGAAGGACCGUUUGGUGGAGGUAACCAGGAUUGGUACAAAUUUGAGAUUGCUGUGAUGGUCGGUGGCGGCAUUGGUGUUACGCCCUAUGCUUCCAUUCUGAAUGAUCUUGUUUUUGGAACAUCCACCAACAGAUAUUCUGGUGUGGCCUGUAAAAAGGUUUACUUCCUGUGGAUAUGUCCUUCUCAUCGGCACUUUGAAUGGUUCAUUGAUGUUUUGAGGGACGUAGAACGUAAGGAUGUCACCAAUGUUUUGGAAAUCCAUAUCUUUAUUACCCAGUUUUUCCACAAGUUCGACUUGAGGACUACCAUGUUGUAUAUCUGUGAGAACCACUUCCAGAGAAUCUCCAACUCAAGUAUGUUCACUGGUUUAAAAGCUGUCAAUCACUUCGGGAGACCUGAUAUGAACGCCUUUCUCAAGUUUGUUAGAGAACAACAUUCUUACAUGAGCAAGGUUGGGGUGUUCAGCUGUGGACCUACAGCCUUAACCAAGUCUAUAAGCUCAGCCAUCGAGAGCGUCAAUAAUUCUAGGAAACUUCCGCACUUCAUCCAUCACUUUGAAAACUUCUGA